CACCUAGGUGCGCUAGUAAGCUUCGUGCGGUUGUUAAGAAAUGGCUACGCUGAGUUAAGAGCACUUGUAAUCAGCUGAGAGCUUAAAGAUUUUGUGCGGUAAUCAGCAGCUUAAUAUGGCGUCAACGGGACAGUCAUACAAGCUCGAUCUCAACACUGGUAAACGUAAUGUCUUCGUUACUCAGCUGCACGACAGAGAAGAUGAAGAUGACACUCUGGCAUUUCCUGUCGUCAAGGAGUCAGGAGACAAACUUAUCGAGACAGGUCUAAACACUCUUCAGCGUACACUACUCCUUAAAAAAGAAGCUGAAGUGAACAGGGUUGAUGCUGAACUAGAAGCCAAGCGCCAUGAAUUCAAUCAGCGAAUGGAAUCUUGUUCCCAGAGACAGCUUGAGGUGCAAAAGAAACAACAGCGAAUGAAAGACAGGGUGAGCAAGUUUGAGAAAUUCAUUCAAGAAAAUGAGGCCAAAAGAAGGCGUGCCAUUCAGAAGUAUCAACAGGAAGUUAAGCUCAGUGAGCAGAAAACUAAUGAGUUCAACCAAUUACUUGAACAGUUGGAGGCGCUCAAGGCCAGACAUGCACACCUGUCAAAGAAGCUACAGAAGUAUAAAAAGUAUGAAGAGUAUCUAAUAAGAGUUAUUGAUGCAAUGCCAGAAGAUUAUCUACCAUCAUCUGAGGACAAAGUGAAGGGGCUGAUGAUGCGACAUCGGACUCUGAGCGAGUCAAACGGGGAUCUUAUUACAAAUGUUGUCAACAUGGCAGAUGAACUAGAAGACCUAAAGCAGGUCUUGGAGAACUUAAAGCAGGAGCAUGCCAAACAAAAGGUCUCUGACAGCAGUGCCUUAGCACGCCUCCAAGGACAGCAAGAGCGAUUUGCCGAGACCAACCAGAAAACCGAAGCCAAGUUCUCCAGUACUGAAGGCCUCAUGAGAAAAAGGCGGACUGAACUGGGAAUGAUUUUUAUGGCCAUUGACAAUAUCUAUGAGAAAUGCAGGAAAGCUGGACUUACAAGAGAAGACGAGCAUGUUUUUUGGGUACAAAAACUAUACACAAUCAGAGACUAUUUGAACGAUAGAAAGGAUGUGGCCCAUAUGGCAAUGCACAGUACUAAUUCUGCCAGCAUCACAGCUUCUGCUAAAGGGCAGAGAAAAGUGCAGGCUGUCAAAGAUCUUGCCCCCAAAAUAUAAAUAGUAUUUCUUGUGAAGUGAUAAUCUGCAUUUUAAAAAUAUGGAAGUGUGUGUGUGUUGGAGGGGGUAAAAUGUAAUUAAUUUUUAACAAUAUCUGAAUGAUGAUCUGAAUCUAUGCAUGAAUUUCAGUAUCCAGCCCAUCGUUUGGUGUACAUCUAAAGUAUACCAAUUGAUCUUUAUGAAGAAAGAUGAUUUUGCUGCUAAAUUCUAAGUACACACUAGUUUGAAUUAUAAAAGUUGAUGUUUGGAUAGUGUUAGUCAGAACAGAUAUCCUUGGCAUGUAAAGCCAAUCUGUUCCUAAUCUGUUGGCUAAAAAAUUAUAGAAUACCUAAUGAACAUAGGUAAUAGUUUAAUAAUAAGAGUGCAUAAUAAUACUCUGUGUAUAUAUAUUAUCCAUUUCGAUGUUAGUUAAAUUGCUAUUAAUUGAAUGUACGACUCUUUGUCAGUACUUGCCAGAGCAUGUUCUUCGUAAAAGAAAAAAAAAUGUUUUUCAUUGACUCAUUUAAGCUAGACUAACAUUAUAAUAAAUUACACAUCAUGAAUGAAAACAAAUAUAAUAAAACCUGUUGUCUGAUCUGCCAAAAGGAUAUCAGCAUUUGUUUUGCAUAGAAACUUUUUACAGGUUCAUUGCUUGAAGUUUAUUUAUGGAUUGAUGCUGUAUAUUUUAUACUGAAGAUUAGUGACUUAUCUAAUGGGAUCAUGCCAUUUGCUAUUGGUUUGGGUGUAUAUGUAUAGGUCACAAGCCUCAAAAAAAAAUCUCAUUAGAGUGAAACAAGUACAAGCUUUCGGCCCUAUGCUCCACUGGGGGUGAAUAGGAAGAAGUACAUGCUAUAGGAAGAGCAAACAGAAUUGGAGUAAAGUCUCAUUCUUGCUAGACAUCUGUUUAAUCAGAUUAAUUUAUUCUGUUGUGAUCAGGGUGAAGUCUGCUUACAGACUGGCACUGCCAUUAACCACUCCAGCACUAGUUUUAGUAUGCUCGAUGCCUGCAGGUUUGUGCAUGAAAUUAUAAGUGGGACUGAAAGCAUGAAACUAAAAAUGGAAAAGGUUGGAAAAUCCAAGACAUGGAUACUGUGUGAUUCCAGAGAUGGUCAUUUUAUGUGGACUAAUUCCACUUUCUUGAUUUUUUAUUUAGAAAAACAUAAAUCUAAAUGCCUUUUUGUUAAAACAGGUAAUAUUUAUAAAUGAAUAUAUGGAUAAAUGAACAAAUCCAUGCUGGUAUGAAUUCUAUGGAUGUGGCAUGUAGAGGCAAUUGAUUUGAAAAAAAAGGUAUCCAGGCAGAUGUGGUGUGAAGGUAUACAAUUACGAAAGUGACCACAAUUUUUUGGCUCAAUCUGGGGACAUAGGAUAGAGUAGCAUAGACUACAUACGUUUCAAGAAGAGACUGAGGACAAAAUGGAGACAUGUUUCUGAGUAGGGAAAGUUGUCCAAAAAAGGGUAUUGUCCCCAGAAAAUGGGGACAGAUGGUCACCUUACAAUUACCAGAUUCUAACUAUAGUAUUUGACAGUUGUAAAUAAAUUUUUUGAAAUGGUGAGGGCAUUUUUCUAUGGUGUGAAGUUAUUGCAACAAAAAUUGUGAAUGUAUAUCUGCAUACUGUGGGUGCUGUAAAUGUUGUUAUGGCUUGGUCAACACAAUGGUAAUCAUUCUAAAACAAAGAGAGGUCAGGAUGUUGCACGAAAAAAGAGCAAUAACCAAAAAAAUUACUCACUUAUAAAAGUGCUUUCUAAUACUUGCCAAAAAUUUUAAAGGUAAAUUUUGAGCGCUUUGAAAUCAAAUACAAAGAGACAAUUAUUCAGAGUAUUGUUUAUCAGAUUAAGACACUAUAUAAACAAAGCAAUAGCACAUAAAGAGUCAACAAAACAUUUAUUUUUGGACAAUAAAGGUUCUUUAAAAAUUAUGAAUAAAAUUAUAAUGUAUCCAUAUGAUAAAACACUGCAAGAAUAACCUUCUAAGUAUGACCCUUCUGUUAGGAAAAGACAAAAUAUCAAAUUGCUAUGAAGUAUCAACAUGCAAUUAAUAAUGGAUCAGUUAAUAUAUGCCUUGUUUUUCAAAUGUGCUUCUGUUUUGUUUGUACUCAUUUUCAAGCAAUGAAAUAUAUGAAAAACAAA